ACCAUCAAUCCUACCCACACCAAAACAAAAAAAAAAAGACACACAACAGAAGAAGACCUGGCGGAGGGAUAGCUGGUGCAGAGAGAUGGGCCUGCCUGACUCUUGCUGACCUUCAGUGGCGAUUGGCCCCCACAGCCAUCUGUCAACAUGCAAGGAUUCUACUCCAAGCUCGACUCCUCCCCCUCCUCGUCCCCGUUGUUGGGGGUGGGCCUGGGGCGAGAAGGCGCUCCCGUACCCCUCAGCCUGGCUGUGGAGACGGAGAAAGCUCAGGCCCUCCUACAGACAUUCAGCUCCGCCUCUCUGCUGGCGUCGGCGGGACUCGGCAUGUUCUGCGUGGUGGCGGACCACGCUCUCCAGCUGUCGGUCAUCCAGCAACACCUGUGGCUGCGUGCGGCGUUGGACAACGCCACGCAUGGACUGGUGGGGCUGUGGUCGUGGGCGGUUGUUAUUGGACUGAGGAAAAAGAGUGAUCUGUAUGAGGUGCUGCUGGCCGGUCUUCUGGCAUCAAUCAUAGACCUGGACCACUUCUAUAUGGCUGGAUCCCUGUCGCUCAAGGCUGCUGUCUCGCUCCCUCAGCGUCCUCCCCUCCACUGUUCCUCCAUCAUCCCCGUCCUCUGUCUCUCCCUCCGCUUCCUCAUGUGGAUCGGACGCCUCAAAGACGCUUGGUGCUCCUUGCCGUGGAUGCUUUUCAUCUCCAUGGCGACGCACCACGUGCGCGACGCCGUGCGCCACGGCCUGUGGGUGUGCCCGUUCGGCAACACGGCGCCACUCCCCUAUUGGUUGUACAUCAGCACCACGGCAACACUUCCUCACCUGUGCUCUGUGCUCAUGUAUCUGACGGGAACCAGGGAUGUGAUCUCCACCAAACACGGGGUGGCCAUCGAUGUUUAGACGUCACUGACUUGCCAACGACAUCUAACACUGAUCUGGUAUGGAUCGCCUGUGCGUAUAAAACAUUGUUUAUUCUUCUGAAACAACUUUUAGAUACUUGAAAUCAUAGGAGGAAACAGUUGGAAGACGAUGCUGAAAGAAAAACAUUUUGGAGAAAUGUUGGCUUAGAAUCAGACACGAGGAUGAGCAAACUCUAUAUAUAUGAAAAAAAUACUAAUAAAUAAUACAUUUGGAAUUCUGUGGAUGGAGACAUCUUUAAAUUAAGAAAUUAGCUUUUGAAAAGAAAAUGUGACCUUUAAAGUUUUGACAUAACGGCUCGCCUGCUCUCCGUCCAUCUGCCCCGACACCCUGACGAUUGACUUCCACCAAUCACAGAAGUGUAUUUCUUGGCCCCUGAACUAUCAACUGUCCACCCUCGUCUGAAGAACACUCAAGGAAAAGUCAACCAAAGGUUCACCACAGGCUGUACGACACUGACACAGUGUCACUUUUCACCUUCAGUGCAUCCAAUAUGUUUUUUUCUUUUUUACUCCACUGUUGCUCCACCUGCCAUUUCAUCUUAUCGUAGAGAGGGUGUUAAAUCACCACCACAUUCCAACGACAGAUCCACUAUGAAUCACCACAUCACAGAAAUGAUCUUUGGCCUCUCUGCCGCUCGAGCAGACUCAUUUCGCUGCUUUUGACGAGCCUUACUGUCCGGUCAAAACCAGCUUUUCCUAUAGAAGCCACUUUUUGCAAAUCAGUUUUCAGGACCAACCACGUCAGCUGGGUGGUGUUUGUUUCUAAAAAUCUGCAUUAUCUUGACUCAACGUUGGUGUUGUUGGAUUUAGCUUGGAAAAAAAAAACAAACAGUGGCCUGCAGCAUUGUGCCUGCAGUGAAACCUGGUUUAAUGUUUGGAUUAGCUGCUCAGACACAGAUGUUCAUCAAUCUACCCUGAAUGUGAGAAAUAUUCCACAUACUGUGCUGGAGAAGCUGCACAAGCAGUGUUUUCUUGCUGUUGUACAGACGACAGAAAACUGCUUUUAUUUUGGCAGUUUCAAACAGGAAAAUCCACUUCAGGGUGUCUCAGAUUUGUCUCAGCAAAGGAUGAAAUAACAGAUGAUUUUGUGUUUGAAGUCGGGAUCGGUGUACGGUGUCCCAAGUGACCUCUUUAUUUCAUGCCAAACAUUAGAAAGGAUAAGGGAACAGGAAAGAUACUGGAUUUUUAUUUGUGAAGUUUAAAAUAUUUAAGAGAAUGACUUGUUCAGUAGUGUAAUAUCUUCAUAUUGUUGAUAUUUACAGAAAUAUAAAAUCGGGGGGAAAAAAAGUUGCUGUAUAUUGUUGCAGUAUUCUUGUUAUGCUACUGUUAAAUGACACUUCAUAAAGUCGGCUUCUCAGUGGUGAAACCACGACUCGGACUAUUUACUUGAACUAUUUAUCACAUACGUGAAUAUUAUCAUCCACUGAGACACAGAACAUUUCGAGGUACGAAGGAGGAGGUCAUCACACUGAUUUAGAUGUAGACUGAUCACACACAUAUUGUUUAUCAUAUUUGAAAAGAUACAUAAUAACACAUUGUAAUAGAGUGGAUUAUAGUGAAUUUAAUAGGUUUUAGGAACUUAUUGUAGUUAUUUGAAUGUAAUUGACAUGGUUUGAGUAGAAAAGGGACGGUGGUGAUGGAUGGUGACGUUUUUCUUUUUACAUUUUGGGCAGGAGUUUAAUCAGAAUAUUCUUAAAUAUCAGAAUUUUUUGUUGUGAAGCUGCUGGUGAUUAAGACUGCAGUAACACUUGUUGUCCACUAGGGUGCUGCAGUGAGUUAUAGGGUUUCCCAUGUGUUGAUUUCAGGUCCUAAAGUUUGACAAUUGUACAGUGUGUUAUAGAAAUGCAAAGUCUUGGUACAAAUGACGUGUUAUGACUUAUUUAUUUUACUUAUUUGGGUGUCUUGUUUUUUUUGUUUGUUUUUUUUGCUGCUCUUGCACUUUGAAUUAUUUAAGAAAUAUCUCCCUUUUAUCACCUGGAAGGUAUAAAGUGGAAACACUGCUGCACCUGCUUAACAGAAAGUGACUUUAAAAAAAGAGAAAAGGUCGCACAUGGCCACUGUCCCAUUUUUAGUUGUUAUUUUCAGUGACACAUCUUUUAUCGCUGCUUAUGUUUACAAUGUGACCUUCAUUAAUGCAAUAUUAUGUUGACUUUUUGCACAUUUUAAGUUUUUUAGAUUUAAAUGAUCUGUUAAAUGUUUUUUUUUAUGACCAAGUUUUGAAUUGAGUAGUGAUAAAGUAUAGAUGGUAACAAGAUGUAGUGUUCUUUUUAUCUCAAUAAAAUAUAUCCUGUGUGUGUAUAAAUAGCCUGUGUUUGUGCAUCAGUACAUCCCGUGUAUGUGCACACGUUAAGGGCAGAGGAUUUCCUCAGGUAUGCUGCAUCAAAAAGGAAGUGCAGUGAGGGAUGAGACAAUGAGCAAAGAAAAAGAAUGAAUGGGCAUCAUGAGGUUUGCUGUCAGCUGUGCAGGAUGUUCGCUAAUAGUUAUUGGACGAAAAUGGACUGAAUAAAAAUAUACCAUAUGAUGAGCGUUUAGGAAUGUCUUUCUUUUAGCGUGGUCCCUUGGGAUCAAUUCAGUUGUUCUUUGGAACUACACAAAAAAA